AUGUCUCAAAUGUCUGUUUUGUUCUGUUUGUGCUGGUGGAAUCUGAUUGGUGUGUUUGGUGAGUCAGUGUCAGUGAUGGAGGGGGAUUCUGUCACUCUAAACACUGAUGUUACUGAAAUACUUGAAGACGAUGACAUACUGUGGAAAUUUGGAGCUGAAAAUUCUCUUAUAGCUGAAAUCAGUAGAGAGAAACAAAUCUUCUCCACAUAUGAUGUCCCUGAUGGAUUCAGAGACAGACUGAAGCUGGACAAUCAAACAGGAUCUCUGACCAUCACAGACAUCACAACUGAACAUGCUGGACUCUAUAAACUGGAGAUAACUGGUGCAAAAUGGUCAUCAAAAACAUUCAGUGUUUCUGUCUAUGCUCGUCUGCCUGUUCCUAACAUUACCAGUGACUGUUCAUCAUCAUCAUCAUCAUCAUCAUAUUGUUCAUUGUUGUGUUCAGUGGUGGAUGUGGGUCAUGUGACUCUCUCCUGGUACAAAGGAAAUAGUUUACUGUCCAGCAUCAGUGUGUCUGAUCUCAGCAUCAGUCUCUCUCUACCUCUGGAGGUGGAAUAUCAGGAUAAAAACACCUACAGCUGUGUGCUCAACAAUCCCAUCAGCAACCAGACCAGACAUCUGAACAUCAGCAAACUCUGUCAGCCAUGUUCAGACUCAGAUUCUUUGACAGUGUUGAUCUCUGUUGCUGCUGCUGAAUCUCUGUUGAUUGUCGCUGGAUUUGGGAUCUUCUGCAUCUGCUGGAAAUGUAGAAAAACUGGUGAAGAAGUUCAGAUUUGUGAAGACGAGAUCACUUAUGUCGUUAUGAUACAUGAGCCAACGUUCUACGAAAGAAAUGCACAUACAUUGAAAGUUGAAGAGGAGGAUCAAGUAGUAGGAGUAUGUGCCUGUUAG